AUGUCGCUGUCGACUGAGGCUCGUUUUAUAGCAAGCGUCAGGGGUAAAGGAGCAACUAUUUGUGUGGUACCCGAUCUCUCCUCUGAUCUCCUGGACGAUGACUUCGACCUGAAUAAAUCCUACCCAUGUGCUCAGAGACUUCUGCAAAAGAAGAGCCUUUUGGCACUGCAACGUCGUUAUUAUUCUGGUUCCUUGACAAGUGAACGUUUGAAUAUAUGCAGUUCUGUCGCAGCCAGAAACCAUGAAAUCUCAAGCUUGCAUCCUUGCUCCCGCAUAUCCGUUAACACCCUGCCACACCCGUCCACAGUAUCAGAGACAGAGGAAAGCCUGUUCAGUCAGCUUAUCUCUGGAGAUUUUGGGCUGCCGGUACCUCCGUCUGUCCUCAACCCAAACAAAGCAAUUCUUACCAUAGAGGACAGAACCAGAGAGAUUUUGUCAGCUAAUGAACAGGCCUGCAAACUGUUUGAGUGCACUGCUAAUAAGUUGACAGGAAAAAAGCUGUCAUGUGUCUUGAAGAAAACCACUCAGGUCUUGGAAGAAGCAUUGGAUGAAGACUUUCUGUUAGUGGAUGGAUCUGUUGCAGCUGUGUCUGGAAAAGUGGUGGACGUUGUGACAUUGUCUGGAGAGGUGCCAGUUUCAGUGUGUACCCACAGACUGUCAGAAAACGGAGAACGCUGGCUUGUUAUGAUUGAGAAUGUGGAAAGGGUUUCUGCUUUUCUGUCCUUCUCACAAGAUGGCAGUAUCCUAACUUGUGACCUUGCGUUCGCUCAUCUCCAUGGAUACCACCAUCCUGAUGAGUUAAAGGGGGUGUCUGUUAAGGAGCUAAUCCCUACUUUACAAAUCCCCCUACACAGUCAUGCAUUGCCCAAAAUGCUGAGGGUUCAGAGAGUGUACGGUAAAAGCAUAGAGGGUGCAUCUGUCCCGCUCUGUAUUAAACUUCAGGGAGCGGUCAUGUGUGGAAGAACCCAACAGCAAAACAAUGGGACUGGAUACACCUGCUCAACAGAGAGUCUCCAAGAAACGGAUGCACAGGACAAGCAGCCAUGCUCUCCUCUUAACUCCCCUGUUUGCAAGCCUGAAGACUCACAAUGUCAGCAGCCUUGUGGAAAAGAGGCAUCCUCUGGCAUCAAGAUGGACAGCAGUGUCCUCUUGCCCAGCCCUGCACUGGAGUACUCUGGAACAGUUUGGUUUUUUGCUCCUUUGGGCGGUCUCCUCCUGCUUCGACCUGAUGGCUCAAUUGACAGCAUCCACAACCAAAUGGCUCUCAGUCUGUUUGGCUACAGCAAGGACGAGCUGCUUGGAAAGUGUGUCACUUUCCUGAUGCCUGGUUUCUAUGGAUGGAUGUCAGACUCAGACAGAAAGGCCAGCCCCUUCCCUGAUUCUCAAGUAGAGGCUAGUAAAAGUACAGCUUUGUCCAAAAUAUCCAGGAAGUCUGACCCUUCCUCACUGGUGGCUGGAGACAUGGUCAUGGUGCAACAGGCCAUCCUGGGAAGAACCCCAACAGGAAGAGGCAGGAUCUUCACCGGAACCAGCAUCGGACUAGAGAAUCAGGGUAGCGCUCUGUCUACUCUUUCUCCUCCAGCUGUCACCUCCACACGUGUGGUUGUAGCUGAUGACACUACAGAACUGAUGGAGGAAGCAGCCCAGGUAGCCCCCUGCAGUGCCCACUUGGACAGUGCAGAUACCACCGAGGCACUCCUAAAGACAUUUACCUUGGUGGACCCUUCAGACGGAGACACCUGCUGUCUUACUUACACUGAACCACCACAGCAUUUCCGGGAACAGCAGCUUGGCAGGUGUUAUUUUCCCUCUUCAGACGCUCCCACUCAGAACGGAUAUGCAGUCGUCAAGGUGGCUGGCACCUCCCCUGAUGUAGGCAAAGACCACCGUUCAUAUGCCUCUGUCCUCCCAGAUUCCAGCUUUGAGGUCAUCUCACUGGAGAGCAGGUCUUCCUCUGGAUUCUGUGAAAAUUUUGCCGGCCAUGGUGGUUCUGGUCCAUUCCAGGCAGAUGAUUCUCCUUCAGCACACAUAGUCGACUCAGCCAGCUGUUUCCUGGACCUCAACAGCAAUGGUGAUCUAGUGACCCGAGCCCUGGCCGACCUAGAUCUGAGUGGUAGUACGGAAAUCCUCAGUGGCAGAAGUUACAAUGAUGAUAACCAACACUCCAUGACCUCCUGCGAUACAGCUGAGCUCCUGCGUACACCCUCCCCAUGUGUAGUAGGUUCUGAUCAGGAAACUGAGCCCGUUGAGACUGCCGAUGCUAAUGUAGAGGCUGAUAAAGAAAAGAGCCAGGAAUUCUCUGUGCAAAUUAACGGUGCCAUUCAGUCACUGAUAGACAUUCCUGCUACAUCUACUCCAAAGAAACAGAAGGUAAAUGGACACACACUGUCCUCAGACUCUACACAGAUACUCGAGGGGCGAUAUGAAGGAAGUGGAUACCACAGAGAUGGCACGAGAGUAGAUGUGCAGUGUGAUGUUUGCAGGACUGAUCUUCCUGAUGGACACUCUAUGUUCUGUGUGUGGAUAAGCAGGCCUGGUCAGCAGAGGACACUGUUGCAAACAGAUGCAUCACUGCACAACGGAUCAGGAGUAAGUCUAGGAGAGAGGAUUGGAGAGGCCAACCAUGGAGAGGUAUUGCGCUCCACCAUGGACUUGGAUCACUCUCGAGCCUGUGAUGGGCAGUUUGAAGAAGAGUACCAGCCACUUAAGGCUGUUGGUAAAGGAGCCUUUGGUUUUGUCUGGAAGGCAGUAAGACACAGUGAUGGACAAGAAGUGGUGGUGAAAUUCAUUAGCAAGGCCAGGAUUGUGAGUGACUGCUGGGUAGAUGACCCCAUGUUGGGAAGAGUUAGCCAGGAAAUUGCCAUACUGACACGAGUGCAGCACCACAACAUUGUCAAGGUGUUGGAGGUGUUUGAGAAUGGGUAUUACUUCCAGAUGGUGAUGGAGAGACAUGGAGAUGGUUUGGACCUUUUUGAAUUCAUAGACAUGCAGCCAAGGCUGGAUGAGCCGCUGGCCAGCUACAUCUUUAGACAGCUGGUGGCAGCUGUCUUCUAUCUGAGGAAUAAAAACAUCCUUCACAGGGACAUAAAAGAUGAGAACAUAAUCAUUGACAAGUGUUUCCACAUCCGACUGAUAGACUUUGGCUCUGCUACCAUGAUGGCUCCAGGGAAGCUCUUUUACAAUUUCUGUGGAACUCUGGAGUACUGCUCCCCAGAGGUGCUUCAAGGAAAUCCAUAUGAAGGUCCAGAGCUGGAGAUGUGGUCUCUGGGGGUUUUGCUCUACACUCUGCUGUUCAGUGAGAACCCCUUCUGUGGUGUGGAAGAGAUCCUGCAAGCCAAACUCAAGCCCCCAUUUCCCCUCUCUCCAGAGCUGCAUGGUGUGCUACGUGGGCUCCUGCACCUUGAUCCCACCCAGAGGAUGACACUAGACCAGCUGCUGCUGCAGUCGUGGAUCAGUCAGCAGAUUUCGCUAUCAGAGUACACCUGGACAGAGGUGGUCCUAGAUAAUCAGAAUUAUUGCUCUCCACAGCAACAGUUCAGUCCCAAAGCGUGCAUCGGGCAAGGCUUGUUUCCUGAUCACGGUGAUGAAACUCUUCCUGAUGAAGAGGAGGAAGACGAGGAUGAGCGGUUGUCAAUGGUGGCCCUAGAAACAGAGCUUCAGAAGUACCUCCAUGAUGAUUAAAGACUGAAUGAAAACUAGGAGGAACCUAACUGUCUGUCCAGCUUUUAGUCUGCAGCGAUUCUUAGAGGACACAAAGUGCAAAAUGAGAAAAUGGAAGCUUGUUUUAGUCCAUGGCAAUAAUUAAACAGGGCUCUGUCUAGUGU